CUUGACCGCCCUCAUGUCUGAGACCAAAGACAUCGCCAUCACGGCGGAGCAAUCCUCUGUUGCAUCACCACCUGCCUCUCUACCAUUUCAGUCCUCAACAGCGCCUGAAACGGCAAACCCGGGUUCGUCUAUUACUUCACAGGCUGGCCUCACCAAUAUCACAGCCACCAUCGCACCUGCUAUCGACCCUGAAGAGAGCAUUGUUUCUUCUAGCAUCAGCGUGACAGAUUCUAUUCUUCAGUAUCGAAUCGAGAAUGGAAGAACAUACCACAAGUACAAAGAUGGAAAAUACUCGCUUCCUAAUGACGAGAGGGAGAAUGAGCGACUUGAUGUCCAGCAUAACAUGUUCCUUCUCAGUUUCGACAACAAGCUGGGAACGGCUCCCCCAAACAUCAGAGGCUCCAAGGUAGAAGUCAAACGCGUGCUUGACGUCGGAACGGGAACUGGCAUUUGGGCCAUGGAGUUUGGCGAUGAGCAUCCCGAAACCGAGGUUCUGGGAAUUGAUCUCUCAGCAAUCCAGCCGAUAUUCAUCCCUCCAAACGUCAAAUUCGAGAUCGAUGAUGUCGAUGAAUCAUGGACGUAUUCUCAGCCCUUCGAUUACAUUCACACCCGGAUGAUGACCUCUAGCAUUGGCAACUGGAAGGAAUACAUCCAAAAAUGUUUUGACAAUCUGGAACCCAAUGGCUAUCUCGAGCUGAACGAAAUUGAUCUCACACCUGGUUGUGACGAUGGAACUCUCAAGGAUAGCCACGCACUGGUGAAAAUGGCACGCCUUUGGGGCGCCGCCGCGGAGCACUUUGGCCGUCCGUUCCAGAACAAUAGAGAUCUGGUGGAUAUCAUGGCCGAUGUUGGGUUUGUCGAUAUCCAUGCUCAGACAUUCAAAUGGCCCUCGAACCCGUGGCCCAGAGACAAAAAGCACAAAGAGCUGGGCUACUGGAACCACGACAACUCGGUUGCCGGCCUCGAGGCCUUUAUGAUGGCUCCUUUUACCAGAGUUUAUGAUUGGACUAAAGAGGAAGUUACGGUGUUUGCGAUGCAAGUACGAAACGAGAUGAAGGACCCAACCAUCCAUUCUUACUCCAACAUUUGGUAUAUAUAUGGCAGAAAGCCUGAGAGAUAA